AUGGAGGCGGCGGCGGGGCAAUGGGAGGAGGAGAUGGACCUGCGGAGGGGUCCAUGGACGGUGGAGGAGGACCUGGUGCUGGUCGACUACAUCGCCACCCACGGGGAAGGCCGCUGGAACUCCCUCGCCCGCUGCGCCGGUAACACAACAUCCCAUCUGAUCCUCCUUCCUCCUCUUCCGUCUUCUCUCCGCAGCUUUAAUCCCGCCGCCGUCGACUCGCGGCCGUCCCCGGUGGCGGUCCUCAGAGUGCGACCUCCUCUUCGAUGUGAUAGAAAGGCAGGGAGGAGGUGGGGUUGGGUGAAAAUGGAAGGCACUUAGACGCCUAAGUGCAUGGUCCUCUUGCAACUUGUCCCAGCUCUUUAUUCCUCUCCCGUGGGAACGUGGACUGUCCUUCAGCUCUCCCGUGAUGCCAACGUCGCUCCCUUCCACCUCUCUCUCUCUCUCUCUCUCUCUCUCUCUCUCUCACGUCGUUGGGCGUUCGAGUGUGUGAGAGAAAUCUUCGCCAAUCAUCUCUGGUUUUUUCCCUCGCAGAGACCUAAUCGAAGUCUCCCCCUCCCCCAAACUCGCAGGCCUGAAGCGCACCGGGAAGAGCUGCCGCCUCCGGUGGCUGAACUACCUUCGCCCCGACGUCCGGCGGGGCAACAUCACCCCCGAGGAGCAGCUCCUCAUUCUCGAGCUCCACUCUCGCUGGGGCAACAGGUAAACCUCCCCUUCACCGUGGCUAUCAGGAAUUCAUCCUUCACAGCGUUGGCCCAGCAAAUAAUUCAUCCCUUCUGGUGCAGGUGGUCGAGGAUAGCGCAAUGCCUGCCGGGGAGGACGGACAACGAGAUCAAGAACUACUGGCGGACGAGGGUGCAGAAGCACGCCAAGCAGCUCAAGUGCGACGUCAACAGCAAGCAGUUCAAGGACGCCAUGAGGUACCUUUGGAUGCCGAGGCUAGCGGAGAGGAUCCGCGCCGCCUCCGACGUCAAGAACGCCGCCGCAGGCACCGGCGGCGCCGGCAUCUGGCAGCCGCCGCCGGCGGCUGAGGAGUCGGAGAACGCCGAGUUCAGAUUGGAGAAUUCGAGCCUGGAGAGGUCCUCGUCGUCGGAGCUGUCGGCGGUGACUUGCUGGUCUUCGCCGCCGGUGUCUGAAGUCGCCGACUGCCACUCUCUCGCUAUGGGAAGAAGUCAUGGCGACAACUUUCCCAGCGAGGACAUGAUCGGCGGCUGUGGUUUCUUCUCGGAGACCCUCCCGAGCCCUUUCGGCUGCUUCAACCAGGGAUUCCCGGACUUGGAACAGACCUCGUGGGGCGCCGGCGCCGGCGACAACGACGACGACUUCCCGUCGGAGAACUUAUGGACCCCCGACGACGCCUGGUUCUUACAACAGAUGCUUCAGUGA